CAGAACUACAGAGAACACAAACUGAGGGGUCUGAAGAACACAGAGAUAUGAUGGAAGUGAAUAAGGACAGUCACGAGGAUUUAAAAGAUGCUGAAGAAAAACAUUAUGAUCUGGAAGGAGCUCUGAGAAUAGGCGACAAAAGGCAACACAUGAGAACUCACACUGGAGAGAAACCUCACGCAUGUCUUCUGUGUGGAAAGAGUUUUACAAAAACAAGUCAUCUUAAGCUACACAUGAGAAUUCACACCGGAGAGAAACCUCACGCAUGUCAACAGUGUGGAAAGACUUUUACACAAACAGAAAACCUUAAGAUUCACAUGAGAAUUCACACUGGAGAGAAACCUCACGCAUGUCUUCUGUGUGGAAAGACUUUUACACAAACAGGUAACCUUAAAACACACAUGAGAAUUCACACCGGAAAGAAGCCUUGCGCAUGUCAACAGUGUGGAAAGACUUUUACACAAACAGAACACCUUAAGAUUCACAUGAGAAUUCACACUGGAGAGAAACCUCACGCAUGCCUACAAUGUGGAAAGACUUUUACACAUACAGGAAGCCUUAAGAUUCACAUGAGAACUCACACCGGAGAGAAACCUCACACAUGUCUUCAGUGUGGAAAGACUUUUUCAACUAUGAGUCACCUUAAGAGACACACGAGAACUCACACUGGGGAAAACCUCACGCAUGCCUACAGUGUG